CCUGUGGUAGGAUGAAGCGGGAAAAUGAUGUGAUCUCAUGAGCGUCUCUCUCAGGUUUGUUUACAGAUUCAUCGCUGAAAUGGUUAACACUAGGAAAUUUCUACUCUUAACAAUAUGCAGUAAUAUGGAAAUCAAAGAUUUUAUCUCUGUAAUGGGCUGCUCUACAUGAAAUUUCUGUCUUGAAAGCUCUAGCUAAAAAACUGACUCUGAAAUGAGGAGAACAUUGCUUGAGGAUGAAGACACAUUUAUGCAAAAGCAAUUGCAUGGAAAAUGGCACAAAGUUCGACACAACAAUGGAACCCAAUUUGGCGAAACAUACCAUGAAGAAAUACCUCUACUUUCAAAGUCUCGUGUUUUUCUCCUUAACAUUUCCUGGUUUGGUAUGAGCGUUAUGUUUCUGGUUCUAUCUGUCGAAGUGCUUCCUAGUCAAGUACAUGCAUUGGCAGGAUCGCAGAUGAAAGGGCAGGUCAUGGGAGCAAUGGUUGCUGGAGGGGCAAUUGUGACGCUGUUUUGCAGUCCAUUGGUUGGUCUUAAAAGUGAUCGCCUUGCUUCACCGUAUGGCAAGCGGAGACCCCUUAUGCUUGGAGGAACUGUCCUUCUUUGUAUUUCUUUGUUUGGAAUGGCAUUUAGUGCUCCUGAUGUUGAGAGCUUUAGAGGAAACGCAACUUGCUUCGUUGACCUGGAGCUUCGAAGGUGUGCCCCGUAUGUGAACAUUACUAGCCUGGAAAGUAAUGCCAAUGCCACGAAUAAAGACGAGACAAUAUUUAUCUUAAACUUAUUGAAGCAGAAACCAAACUCAAGAGGAAGCUUAUGCAUGUACAGCAUAUUUUAUUUAUGUGUUGUGGCCUGUUACGCGUUAAUUAGCGUGCCUUAUAAUGGAUUGAUCGCUGACAAGACUCCUGCCGCACAGCGAGGAUUCAGUUCAGGGGUGAUUGGGGCAAUGACCUUGCUUGGAAAUGUCUCGGGUGCAACAAUUGGCGUAUUUUUUACAAGCCUUGGUGUUGUUUGGACCUAUGCUAUAAUAGCUAGCUUAGUAUUCAUCUGUGUUCUUGCGACUAUACUUUCAUGUCCUGAGAGAGCAACUCAUUACGAGAAGAGUCCUUCUAUAGAUCUGAAGACAAUUUUCUUGGCCUACUGGGAACCUUUACGAGAGCAUGAUUUUCGAUGGGUGUUUAUAACUCGAUUUCUGAUGCAACAAGGCCUUUCUACUGUCACUGGUUUCCUUGAGUUCUGGCUCGGUGACAUGGUCUACCUUCCUAACUGCUGGCAACCAGAAAAUGCUAUCGCAAUCAUACUUCUCCCAUUGCUUCUUGCUGCAGCAAUCUUUUCGGUCAUCGGCGGCUUUCUGUCUGACAAACUACGAAGAAGAAAACCACUUGUGAUUGGAUCAGCUGUUCUGAUGGCUAUUUGUUCGCUCAUACUCAGUGGGCUCAAAGGAAAAUACGCUUUCUAUGCAGCUGUACCCGUUUUCCUGACAUUCGGUGUCGGCUUCGGAGCCUACUCUGCCGUUGAUUUCGCUUUGGUUAUGGAUGUUUUACCGGAAGAGAAAGACAAAGCGAAAGAUUUAGCAGUCUGGCAUCAGGCACUGGUCCUGCCUCAAGCAAUCGCAACACCGAUUGGAGGAAUCGUUUUGGACACUUUCGAACACUAUGGUUGUCGUAUUGGCCUCGGUUAUAUUGCUUUGUUCAUUAUUACAUCGGUUUAUUUUGCUGUGAGUGGCUACUUUGUAACGAAAAUCAGACGCGCUAAAUGAUAAUUGGAAGGUAAAUGAAAGUGUAAAUGUUAGCCAUGUAUUUUAACAUGAAUUUUAUUCUAUUUAAGGUCAUGUUUUUAUAACACGCAAUAAAUAAUUUAAGUCUUUUGUAAAGGUAUAAACACCAAAUGAAGUUAUAAAUGGAGCAGAGAAAGUUUUUCUUUCAAGCGUGUGAUUACGUCUUUGGAAAUAUGAAAAAGAUACCGAUCCAAAAUUAUCGAUUUUCCCAAGCCGGAAGGCUC